UUCGAGGGACUGAAAAGAGGCUGAUUCGUAAGGCUGCAUCUGGCGGGUAAAAUCAAAUCGCUUGUUAAAGCCGAGGUUGUUUUGUUGGUUACAAAAUGGAAGCUGCAGCGGGUGGAGAUGAGGACCAAAAUAAAAAUUUGGAAGAGGCAAAACAUCUGAUACAACACGAAAAGCUAACAGAAAAAAUGUUAGAAGAAGAUCAAAUCAAGCUACUUAAUGAAGAGAAGAAAACCUUAGAAAAGGAAAUAAAAACAAAAGAGGAAAAACUACGAAAACUCAAAAUGGCUGAGCUUUAUAGGAGAAAGGAUGACCUCAGCAACCUUGACGAACUUAUAUUAAAGUGGAGACAAGCUUCUCAAGAGAUACUGAUUGACUUACAAAAUGCUUUACCAGAGUCAAAACCACCGAUUCAAGAUUUAUUACAGACAUUCAAAAUUGAAGCAAAGUUAAUUGGUUAUAAUGAAACUGAAGAGUGUUUUAUUUAAAUAAAUGUUUUUAACUGAAAUAAUUGUUACUAAUUGUUAUAAAACAUUGUAAAUUGUUGCAAUUAUGCUCAUAAUAUGAUUUAUUUUACAUUCAUUCUACCUCUGUUACUGAAAUUGUAUCUUAUGAAAACUAACAAUUGAAAAGUUAAUUGCAGUGAAUGUCAGUAUAUACUAUAUUACAUCAGGAAAAAAGCUUCAGGCAGCCAAGGUUAACACAACUAAUGCAUUAAACACUUGCCUUCCUUAUGUGUAUCUGAUGGUAACUUUUGAACAAUAAUUGUGCAGGGAGAGGAAAAUUAAGCAUACACACAAACACCACAUUGCAAGAAGCUCUUUGCAAUGCCACAGUGAGUUUUAAUCAAAGGAAAUUCUUUAUACAGUAGUAGUUGCUAAAGCCACUACUAGUUUUGAGGUUGAAGUUGAAACGUUGAAAUUUUAAGGAAAAGAUAUUAUAGACCAUAGAAAUUCAUUUGUUUCUUUGUUUGUAAAUUGAACGCACGAAAAAGGUGCACAAUAUGAAAAAAUUGAUUUGGCAAAAUUCAGAAUAAAUUAAACAAGAUAAAUGUUGAUGUUGAUUGGCCGGACAGGCUAUUAGAAAAAUUAUUAAAAAUUCUAACUGCACUGUCAGUUCUACGAUAAAUAGUUGAUUGUCAUAGUUUAUGUAAGCGUUUAAAUUUAGUUCAACGAAGUUUAGAAAUAAAUAGUAAGUGCACAAAAAUUGAAAUAUAUUUUUGACUAAGCGCGAAAGAAAUGCAAAAAAGAGAAAAUUGGCUGCGACAAGAUGGACGAUUAGUAAAGAUUAAAAUGAGUGACAACAAAUGUUACUCUAGUAAGAGUACAGGCGGACAAGAUUCAUUUUUUCGCUAUUACCACAGCAAUGCAAUAUGGAAAUGUCACUACAGAUAUACAGUGCUUCCCCUCCUACCAGCACACACACGAUGUCAAGGCUAUAGAAUAUUCCUCUCUUACACACGCACAGUUAAAACAGACAAUAUAGUACACCGCCUUUCGGUUCACGCAUACAGUCAGCUUGUGAUAUGUCUGGACAUAGGAGACUUGUAUGUCGCUUUAAUGAA